GCGUCAGUCUACUGUCGACUCUCCAGUAAAUAUCCAGUAACGAAAUUAGUCGCUUGCUGAUUUGAGCUCCACUGAGACGUCUACGAGUGGGUGGGACAGGGACACCACUCCACGGCUUCUCUUCCACUCAUCGCGUACCUUUCGGGCUCCUGCCUCCGAGGAGUUUCGUGUGCUGCCGUGACAGGCAGGAAGGAUUUAUUGCCUAACAAGUGCAGGGGGGUGCUUAAUUAAUUUUGUUGCGCAAAGAUACCAAAAGAGAGCUGUCAAGCAGCAUCCCGAAGAAGCCAUAACCAUGGCAGCUGAUGAGAAGGAGGAUAUAAGUAAUACAUUUCGGUGUUUUGUGUCCACGGCAAUCGGUGCGAUGAAGUUGUUACCUCGGCUACUGGCAGUACAAUUACUAUCCAUCCUGUUGAUCGGAAAAUGUGUGGGCUACGUCCGCCUAACGAAUCUCAAGUGCGAGAGCCUGGAUCCAGCGUUCAUGGAGUUCCCGACUUGCCGCCUGAAUGUGCUCGGACGCGGCAUUAUCGGAGGUAAUAUCCAUCUGAAGCUCCUGAAGGUGCCCAUCACCAAAAUGAAUUUGAGAUUCAACGUUUACCGGCGGCUCAGUGGCUACCAUCCGUUCCUCUUCAAUAUCAGCACUGAACUUUGCCGAUUUAUGAAGAACCCUAAUCCCCUGCAAGUGUUUUACUAUUUCCACAGUGGCUUUUUGCCCUACUCCAAUGUGAAUCACACCUGUCCCUACACCGACGAUGUUUUUAUAAGGAACUGCACUCUGAAUGACGAGAUGUUUAAGAGGGUUCCACUGCCGAAGGGAAACUACAUGCUCACGCUUGCGAUGGACAAUGGGGCUAGAAAACGGGUCGGAAUCAUUUCUAUUUACAUCGAAAUAGAUUUGGAUUAGACUGCAUUGAUUAAUAAAACUGUCUUACAGCUCUGCUCGAAGCUUUGCUCCCAAA